AUGGCCACAGAAGGGGCAUCCCAACUCUGGAAGGGCAAAGGGGGAUUCGAGGAGGAGGGCAGAAUUCUAGUACUGGAAAAAAACUGGAGACCUUGGCCAAAAGCCCGGAGGAGGGUUCGAGGCUGCCUGGCGUGUGUGAAGAGGCAGCUGUUCCGGGUGGGUGAUGACUGGUACUUCCUUUUUGCCCUGGGGACCCUCAUGGCGCUCAUCAGUUUUGCCAUGGACUUCACCGUCUCCAGGGUGGCAAACGCUCACAAGUGGCUUUAUCAAGAAGUUGGCGAUUAUCCAGUGCUGAAGUUCCUGUCCUGGACAAUCUACCCCGUUGCCCUGUCGGCUUUUUCCACCGGCUUCGCACAGAGCAUCACGCCGCACUCGGCAGGUUCUGGCAUUCCAGAGCUGAAGACCAUCCUCACAGGGGUCCUCCUUGAGGAGUACUUGGCCGUGAAGAACUUUGGCGCCAAAGUGGUGGGGCUGACCUGCACCUUGGCCUGUGGGAGCACCCUCUUCCUGGGAAAAGUGGGCCCCUUUGUCCACCUCUCCAGCAUGAUUGCUGCCUACCUGGGGAGAAUUCGGACCACCGUCUCUGGGGAGUAUGAGGACAAAAGCAAACAGAACGAGAUGCUGGUGGCGGGGGCUGCGGUCGGCAUGGCAACGGUUUUUGGGGCACCCAUUAGUGGGGUCCUGUUCAGCAUCGAGGUCGUGUCUUCCCACUUCGCGGUCCGGGACUACUGGAGGGGCUUCUUUGCCGCCACCUGUGGGGCCUUCCUCUUCCGCCUCCUCGCCGUCUUCAACAGUGAACAAGAGACCAUCACAGCGCUCUUCAAGACCAGUUUCAAGAUUGAUUUCCCCUUUAGCCUGCCAGAGACCCUUUUCUUCAUGUUCCUGGGCACCGUCUGUGGGGUCGUGAGCUGUGCCUACCUCUUCUGCCAGCGCUGGUUCUUGGGCUACGUCCGAAGGAAUUCGUUCACGGCCAAGCUCCUUGCUUCCGAGAAGCCCCUCUACUCCGCCCUGGUGGCCUUCCUCCUCUCCUCCAUCACCUUCCCUCGGAGCUUGGGGCAGUUCAUGGCUUCCAGGCUGAGCAUGAAGGAGCUGCUCACCUCUCUGCUGGAUGACCGCACCUGGGGCCUCCUUUCCCGGAACGGGUCGCUGGACAGGCCUCUCCAUGUUGAUCCCCAGGAUCUCUGGCUUGAGUGGUGGGACCCAAAUAUCACCGCCUUUGGCUGCCUGGUGGUUUUCCUGGUGAUGAAGUUCUGGAUGCUGAUCUUGGCUACCACCAUGCCCAUGCCUGCUGGAUAUUUCAUGCCCGUCUUCAUCUACGGCGCAGCCCUCGGCCGCUUGGUGGGCGAGUCCAUGGCCGUUCUUUUCCCCAGGGACAUCAGCUGGGAGGGACCCAUAAGCCCCGGAGGGUACGCACUAGCAGGGGCAGCUGCUUUCUCUGGCGCAGUCACUCACACCCUCUCCACGGCGUUGCUGGUCUUUGAGAUGACGGGGCAGAUCGCCCACAUCCUACCAGUCACCCUGGCAGUGCUCAUUGCAAAUGCCAUCGCCCAGAAGUCCCAGCCCUCCUUCUAUGAUGGCACCAUCAUCGUCAAGAAGUUGCCCUAUCUACCCCGCAUUCGGAGCAGACACAUCGGUUCCUACAAGGUCACCACGCAAGAGUUCAUGAACACCGAAUUCCUGGCCCUGUCCAAGGAUGCCACCUUCCAGGAGAUUCUCAGAGUGGUCACCUCUACGGAAGACCUGGAGUAUCCAGUUAUUGACAACACAGAAACGGGGAUGCUGGUGGGAAUGGUGCAGAGGUCCGAGCUGAUCAAGCUUCUCCAGACCAGCGAGGAUGAGAGGGGCAGCAGCCCCCCCAAGGAGCACAAGGAGAAGGAGGAGACUCGGCCCAACCAGUCCCUGGGCGAAGGCUGCAGCAUUGAUCCGGUCACUCUGCAGCUGUCCCCGUGGACGUCCCUGCAUCAGGCCCACAACCUUUUCGAGUUGCUGAAUUUGCAGCGGGCUUUUGUCACCCAGCUAGGCAAGAUCGUGGGGACUGUCUCCAGGAACGAGAUAAGAAAAGCCAUCGAAGACCUGGCAAACCCCAAAGCGGCAAAGUGA